AUGUCCAAAUUCGAAGCAGUCUACACGGCCGACGCUUGUGCGCCUCUCCCUCAAUUCUCCCAAGCCGUCAAAUACAAUGGCAUGGUCUACUGUAGCGGUUCCAUCGGCAUUGAUCCUGCAACUGACGAUCUGGUUCCCGGUUCUGUUACGGACCGAGCUCGCAUGGCGCUCAAGAAUCUCAAGGUCGUGCUCGAAGCUGCUGGCAGUAGUCUAGACCGAGUGGUGAAGGCCAAUGUCUUCUUGGCUGACAUGAAGGACUUCGGCGCCUUCAAUAUCGCGUGGGAUGAGUUCUUCCCCAAUGAGCCCAAGCCUUGCCGGACGUGUGUCGCUGUCCACCAGCUGCCUUUGAACACUGAUGUUGAGAUUGAGAUGACAGCUAGCUAUUGA